GAACAUUUGAUAGAAAUGAAGCCAAACGCCUGGUUGGUGGCAGUAAAGCUGACCACAGUUGAUUUUUUCCAAAAAACUAGUAUAACAGGAUUUAAAUUGCUAGUUUUUCUUGGAAACUCUAAAUUUUUAAAAACUCUUUGGAUACCAUUUUUACUAACUGGCGUGGUUGCAGCUGCCUACAUUACUAGCCAUUGUCUUCUAUAUUUUGAAUUAAAUCCAACCGUGACUUAUGUAAACUCAUUUCGACAUCCAGUUGCUGAAGUUCCAUUUCCCGGAAUCUCUAUUUGCAGUGUUAAUAAAAUAAGCAAACGAGCAGUAGAAGAAUAUGCAAGAAAUAUAACUAAGAUGACCAAAGGUCUUGAUGAAAAAGAUCUUAUUAAGAGAUUUGAAUUAAUUGGAGGACUUUUCGAUAGUACCGGAUUUGACAUUGAUGAUGCCUACAAUUUACAAGUACUCCUCGAUACUGUAUUUUCUACGAAGCCUGGUUUCUUUGAUGUUUAUCAGUUUCUUAAGAAAUUGGCUCCAAAAUGUGAAGAACUUCUUCUAAAAUGUAGCUGGGCAGGAAAAAUAUAUCCUUGUAAUGAACUCUUUGAACUAAGGGUUUCUCCCGAAGGAUUUUGUUGUAUGUUCAAUUACAAUCGGGUGGGACGGAAAAUAAUGCCAGUGCAAGUAAGACAUCUAAAUGUAAUUGGAACGGAUAUGGGCUUAAAAGUCUUAUUGAACUCAUCAGUUAAUGACUACUUUUACAGCCAACGUAGCACUAUUGGAUUUAUAAUUCAAAUUUUCAACAGUGUAUUUUAUCCAGAUAUUUUAACAGGAGAAUUGUCUGAGUUUCCACUAUCACCGAACAGUGAUAUGUUGGUGCCGUUGCAGAUUAAUAUUAUUAACAGUGAUGACGAAAUAAGAAAAUAUAAAAUAGGACAAAGGCUUUGUUAUUUUGCUGAUGAACAGCCACGAGGAUAUGGCAUACAAUAUAGCCAGCCAGAAUGUCUGCUCAAGUGUAAACUUCAAAACAUACAAGCAGUUUGCAAUUGUAUUCCAUUUUAUACGCCUAGAGAUUUUCUUGAUCCUCCGGUAAGCUAUUGUAAUUUAGGACACUUGGAAUGUUUGAGUAAAUACAAAGUAACAUGGACAUCUUAUCGACCAACAGAGGAAACACCUGAUUCGUUAAAUGAAAUGGAAUAUGCACUGACUUGCGGUGCAUGCAAUCCACUUUGUAAUUUGGUUGAAUACGAAUACCAAUUAGAUAGGUCGGACUUAGAUCCGGAGAAUAAUAUGUUUGAGCUGGACGAAUUUUUAUUCAAUGAAACACAUUUGGAAGAAUCUAGCCUUAUACGCAUUUACCAUCCUUCGCCUUUUUGUUCACAAUAUAAAAAACAGCUUAUUUAUUCAACUAACGGCCUAUUGGCUAAUAUCGGAGGAAUUCUUGGCGUAAGUAUAGGUUGUUCACUGAUGAGUUCGAUAGAAAUUGGUUAUUAUGCAACAAUCAAGUUUUACAAAUAUUGGAAAAGAUCACGUGAAACCAGAUCGAUUGGUAGUCUUAGCAACCGUUUGUAGAAAUACAAAUAUUGUCUGUUUUUAGUCACUCUUUAAAAAAAAGCUUGUAAAUGGUUAUUUAAAAUUGACUACAAGAUUAUAAGCACAUAAAAUGGCUGAGGAAAUUUUUUGUAACGUUUAAAAACCCUAAAAUGUAUUCAAUUUAAAAAAAUGUUACAAUUAUUAUCAGCGCACAAUUAAAGACAAACGUGUUAAUAUAAAAAGUAUCAUUCUGCAAAAUAAAUAAACACUGAUAAGCAGUUUUAAAUUUAAAAAUUAA